AUGUUAGAAAUUGAUUAUGUGGGUAGAUUGGAGGAGAUUGAAGGAGAUUGGAGGAGAAGAGAGGAGAGAGGAGAAGAGAGGAGAAGAGAGGAGAAGAGAGGAGAAGAGAGGAGAAGAGAGGAGAAGAGAGGAGAAGAGGGUAAAGGAGAAGAGGGAAAGGGGGGAAGAGGAGAAGGGGAGAAGGGGAGAAAAAAAGAAGAAGAGGAAAAGGGGAAGAGGGAAAGGGGAGAAGGGGAGAAGGGGAGAAGGGGAGAGAAGUAUAAUAGUAUAUAG